UAGUAAAUAUUAUAUUAAAUGUAUAUAAAUCAAGAAAUGAAAAAAAAAUAGUUUUGAAGUUGCUGAAGAAUACUUUAAAAUAAGCAACCAGCACAAACUAUAUAAAUAUAAAAUAUUUUUUAAGAAUAGAAUAGAAUGUCCCUUUUCAUGACUCCAUUUUGUGCUUCAAACACUGACACAUGCAGACAAGCUCCAUAUGGACAAGAUUGAUUUACAGAAAUCAAUCACAGCUGCAUCAGUCAAAUGAAUGAGUCACAAAAUCAUGAAGAGUCAUGAAGUACAGUUACUGUCUAAUUCUGAGACUCCUUCAAGUUAAUCAAGCAUCUCAAGCGAUCUGAACCAGGAGUCGAUCAUGCAGAGGUCAAAUGCAGAAUCAUUAGAAUAAUAGCUGAAAUCGAUGGUGGAUGAAUCUCACAGGGAUAAUCCAGUGAAGCAGCAAUUUUCUUUUAAUAAUUCAUAAUUGCCAUCAUGUGCCCAUUUCACCAGCCCUAUUUAAGCAGAGCUCCUGUUCACACCACAUCUGAAUAAAGGGAUCAUCGCAGGCAAUGCUCAGGUUGUUUAGUUCCAGUCUGAAUUCACUGGGUUUCUGUUGUCAGAGUAGAACAGCCUAAGAGUUUGUCAUCAGAGUGAUUUGGUCUGGUCACUGGUUAUCCAUCAACUGAACUUCAUCAAGCUCACUGCAAAGACAUCAGCGCAUCAUGAAGAUCUUCAUGCUGAUUCUUCUGCUGUUGUCUGCUUUGACAGAUAUUUUGUGCCAGAACGUCAAUCCUGAUGAGGAUAACUGGAUGAAUGACAAGGAUGAGGUAAAUUUGCUGGAGUCGGAGCUACAGACACUGUUGGAAAGGGUCAGCCGAACACCUGGACUACAACAGGUUUUCAGUCUAAUGGGGAAAAGAUCAUCUGCAAAAUCACAGAUAACACGGAGACGGCAGAAAUUCCAGACUUUUGUGGGUCUAAUGGGGAAACGGAAUGUUGAACCAGGAUCUUUCUAGGAUGCUUUUAACAUGCAACCACUUUUGGCCCAAAUCAUCAGGCUGAAGCUUCUUUUAAAAUAAAAAUAAAGGAAAACAAAUUAAUAACAAAUUAAUAAUUAGUUGAGACAUUGCAUUUGUUUUAUGACACUGUAUACAGUACUUAAGCAACACUUUAAAAUGUCUGUGCAUGAUGAUGUAUGACAUGAGUGUUGUAUUAGUAAACUUUUCCAUUAAAGAAAUGUUUCAACCAAAAAUAAUGAGGAUGGAUGUAAUGUAUCGACAUCGCCACCUAGUGCUGAAUAGUGCAACUGCAAGAAUGAUUUCUGAAGGAUCAUGUGACACUGAAGACUGGAGUAAUGAUGCUGAAAAUUCAGCUUUGAUCACAGGAAUAAAUGACAUUUUAAAAUAUA